CUAUUGAUAUCCUACUGUUGCUCUGUCACCUGUCUAUUUGUUCUGGUGAAAUCAAGCCCUUCUCACGGAUUUAUUGACCGUGCCGCCACGUAGCAGUUUGCCUUUGUUUCACGGUUCAUCACGUCACACAUCGUCAGGGGUUGUAUUAUCAGUUCAUGUAUAUUUCACAAGUGCUCCGGGAUAUACACUGCGACUGCGAGAGACAGACAGCGAGGCUGGGUUAGACGCGUGCUUGGGUUGUGGGUCGCUGAGAUACAGUGACGCUGCAAGAAGGAAACGCAGUGAGUUUAUGUUUGGUGGACUUUGUGGUUGUGCUCGGGAGGUACAGUGACGCAGUGAGAAGGAAACACUGUAAGUUAAUGCUUGGUGGACACAUGGGGUUGUGUUAGACGGGUUGCUGAAGACACAUACAGCUCGUGUCAGAAGAUAUACAGUGUCACAGAUAGGGCAGUGUCUGAAAAUAUACAGUGAGACAGUUGUCUGAAGAUAUACAGUGGGGCAGUGUCAGAGAUAUACAGUAUCAGAUAUAAAUGAGACAGUGUCAGAAAUAUACAGUGUCAGAGAUAUAAGUGAGACAGUGUCGGAGAUAUACAGUGAUGCAGUGUCAGAGAUAUACAGUGUCACAGAUAUAAGUGAGACAGUGUCACAGAUAUACAGUGUCAUAGAUAUACAGUGUCACAGAUAUACAGCCGCAUUUUGUCAGAGGAACAUUGUAACAAGAUGCUCUACAGAUGUUUAAGAAGACGAGGUGGAUUCCGGGUUUUGUCUCUGCUCGGCAUGAUAAUGUUUUUCGCGUUUACAAGUGUGUCGAUAUUCAAAGUCCUUGACGAUUCCUACAUGCAUGAAGGAAAAAGGCAAUUGCUGAACAAGAUUCUAAUGAAAAAGAAGUUCGAUCCACUCCAGCCUCCGCCCAAACCGGACUCCGAGGGGAAAGCUGACGGCGGCGAGAUGGAACCUACAUGGACGAAAAAACCGUAUUCUCCCAACGCUGUCUAUAAACCUGGCGUCCGUGGAAACUACGAACCUACACUGGACAUGAAUAGAAAAGGACCAGGAGAAUACGGAGUUCCGGUUCCUACCGAUCCAAACGAAAAGGACUUGAUUGAGAAAACGGCCAGAGAAUUCGGCUUCAAUAUGGUCAACAGCGACAAGAUAUCACUGGACAGAGUACUGAAGGACAUUCGGCAGGAAGAAUGCAAGUAUUGGCACUACCCAGAGAAACUGCCCACAGCCAGUGUCAUCCUGGUGUUCCACAACGAGGGCUGGUCCACCUUCGUCAGGACGGUCCACAGCGUCAUCAACAUGUCGCCACCGCAGCUGCUGAAGGAGGUCGUCUUGGUAGAUGACGGGAGCGACAAAGAGCAUUUAAAAUCCAGAUUGGAGGAUCACAUGCGCCAGUUUGGCGACAAGGUGAAGAUUGUGCGCAACAGUGACAGAGAAGGCCUGAUACAGGCUCGAACCAUCGGAGCCCGAGCAGCUUCCGGCGACGUCGUCAUUUUUCUAGAUGCCCAUUGUGAAUGCAGCCCAAACUGGUUACCUCCCUUGUUGACGAGAAUCGCUUAUGACAGGACGAUCAUGGCUGCCCCUGUAGUCGAUGGCAUUGACUGGACUAGUUACGAGUAUCGGUCCUCAUACAAUUCCAAACACCACAGAGGCGGUUUUGAAUGGGGUUUCUUUUACAAGGAAGACCCCGUGCCCCAGAAGGAACUGGACAAGCGACAGCACGACACCGAACCAUAUUGGUCCGCCACCAACGCUGGGGGACUGUUUGCCAUCGACAGAAAGUUUUUCUUUGAACUUGGAGCAUAUGAUCCGAACCUAAAGAUUUGGGGUGGAGAAAAUUUUGAACUUGCUUUUAAGGUGUGGCAGUGUGGCGGGUCAUCGGAAUGGGUUCCUUGCUCCAGGGUGGGGCACAUCUAUCGUCAUUAUACACCAGCCAGGAAAAGCAAUAUUAAGACCAAACUUUCUCCAACCCAUAUAAACUACAUCCGGGUCGUGGAGGUCUGGAUGGAUGGCAUAUUCAGUGAGUACUUCUACAGACGGGAACCCCAGCUCCGAGGUUAUCCUGUGAAUAUCACUAAAGAACUCAAGUUUAGAAAAGACAACCAUUGCAGGAGCUUCCAGUGGUUCAUAGAUAAUGUCGCCUACGAUAUAUACAACAGGUUUCCGCCACCGGCUCCAAACAAAGCCUGGGGAAGGAUAAAUUCGAGAAAAUCAAAUGGCACUUCAUGUCUGGAAUUCACGUCUGUUCAUAAUGGGAAGAGUGCCCUCGGUUCCUACCCCUGCUCAGGUGCAAAUGCUAUAUUCAGGCUGAAUACAAAAGGCCAGAUUGGUAACGGGGAACGUUGCUUACUGGCGUUAGAUGACGGUGCCGUUACCCUGGAGUGGUGCAGUACGACAGACCUCAGUGGCCCUUGGGACUGGGACAAGACAAGCGGUCGCAUAUACAAUAAAAGUCGCAAUAAAUGUUUAUUCCUCAAUCCCAAUGGAUCGGUGGUCCUAAAGGAAUGCAACGACAAUGAAAUGGAACAGAAAUGGGACAUAACAGAAUUUUACGCAUGGAAAUGAAAAUACGGACUAUUUAUAAGUGGGUUAACUGUGUACAUAUACAAAACAAUAAAGACUAAACUUCGUGGUGCGAGAUGAGGCUACAAAAGUGAAACAGGCAAGAUUCUGGAUUCUUGUUGCAAGGCGAAGCUUACUGUGGAUGUAUCUCAUGACGUCACAGUCAGCUGUCCACCUUAUGAAGGAACGUCAACGACGUUAUAUUGGUUACGUCACCAUCUCUCAUCAUGUCGUCAUACAUCAUGGUCUCAUUCUGUUGUAUAUUGCAUCCAUCAACAGUAUCGUCUUACCUUGGGUUCCUAGUCCGGUUUAAAUGCUUAAAGAGUGUGUUACAAGUUAAGUCUCAUCGGCAGUAUUUCAGCCAUAUGGUGACUGCAAACGCUUUGGUGGUAUGUGGGUCUGUGUGUGUCUGACUGACAGGAAGUAUAGGUGAUGCACAGGUGAAAGACAUUAGGAUCCCCAAAGGACCUGAUCCUGAUGAUCUAGUCAAUGUGCAGAGUCUAUGGAAAUUCCAUAAUGGCGAUUGCGGGUGAAAUCUAUAUUUAAUAAAUAUCAAAACUGAACUGAA